AUGUCUGACUUACACUUUCGAAUCGCCACUGAGGAUGAUGCCCCUCGUCUUCAAGAGCUCAUCGAAGCAGCGUUCCGCUUCACAGACGCUCACAUCGACUGGGUCGGAUCUCCCGAAUUAGCUGAAACAUUCAACAUUGAUAUAUCCGUCAUUGUCAACCGAAUCGCUUCAAAUGAUAGUAAAUUCCUGGUCGCCAGCGAGACCACCAAGGGCCCUAUAAUCGGGUGCGUCAACGUUAUGAGAAAGGCCCCCGAUUACGGCCGUUUAUGUCUCUUGGCUGUCGAUCCAACACUGCAGCGGGGAGGUCUGGGCAGAAAGCUUGUUGCAUAUGGAGAAGAGUAUCUCAUGAAGGAUUUUGGUGUUGGCAAGAUUGGGUUGAAUGCGCUGCAUACGAGGAAGAGCCUGAUUAAGUGGUAUGAGAAGUUGGGGUAUGUUAGGACGGGGGAGAUGACCACGAUUCCGCUUGAGAGGUUUGAAUCGGACACGCCUAUUGUGUUGGCCGAGUUGGAUAAGACUGUUGCUUGA